CCAGGACGUCCCGUCGGGAAACCCGCGAGCCGCGCGGCCGAGCGGCUGCGGCUCUGUCUUGGCGCGACAGGCGCUUUUCACCUCUCCAACACAUGAGCCCCAUCCCUACCCAUCAGAGGAAGGGUGAAAAGGAUGAGACAGACAAAUUCACGGACAAGGACAUGUUUAUCAUCUCUAAUGGGCAGAGACAAGCAUAAAAUAAAAAUUUGUUCAUCAGAAUUCAUAAAAAUCAGGGGAAAUAAAAGGAGCAGAGGUGAACCCCACUGCAAAGGACCACGAGACAAUGCCCGGACAAGGGAAUUGGAGUGAUCUGGGUGAUUCUAAGUGAAUCAAUCAGGGAGGACUUCUUAGAGGAGGUGCUCUCUGUCUCCCGCUUGCCGGUGGCCCCAAACUGAGGACAGCCUUUCCCCCGGCUCAUUGCGCCCCCUCCCUUCUGGGACUGGCUGAGGCCCCAAGGAGUGGCUGCUACAACCUAUCGAGCUAUUUCCAGGGUUGGGCACAGCACUCGGGCUGACCCGGCCAGGGUCCCCUUUGGGCCCUGAGGAUGCGGCUUUUCCGCAGACGCCACAUGCCCCUGCGCCUGGCCAUGGUGGGCAGUGCCUUCGUGCUCUUCCUCUUCAUCCUGCACAGGGAUGUGAGUAGCACGGAGCAGGCCACUGAGAAACCAUGGCUGAAGUCCUUGGUGAGCCAGAAGGAUCACGUGCUGGACCUCAUGCUGGGGGCCGUGAACAACCUUCGAGAUUCGAUGCCCAAGCUCCAGAUCAGGGCUCCCGAGCCCCAGGAGACGCCCAUCUCCACAAACCAGUCCUGCCUGCCUGGGUUCUACACUCCAGCUGAGCUGAAGCCCUUCUGGGAACGGCCACCCCAGGAUCCCAAUAGCCCCGGGGCAGAUGGGAAGGCAUUUCAGAAGGACAAGUGGACACGCCUGGAGACCCAGGAAAAGGAAGAAGGCUAUAAGAAGCACUGUUUCAAUGCCUUUGCCAGUGACCGGAUUUCCCUGCAGAGGGCCCUGGGGCCAGACACCCGACCCCCUGAAUGUGUCGACCAGAAGUUCCGCCGCUGCCCUCCACUGCCCACCACCAGCGUCAUCAUCGUGUUUCACAACGAGGCCUGGUCCACACUGCUGCGAACUGUGUACAGUGUGCUGCACACUGCCCCUGCCAUCCUGCUGAAGGAGAUCAUACUGGUGGAUGACGCCAGCACUGAUGACUACUUAAAGGAGCAACUGGAGCAGUACGUCAAGAAGAUGCAGGUCGUGAGGGUCGUGCGGCAGGAGGAGCGGAAGGGUUUGAUCACUGCCCGGUUGCUGGGGGCCAGCGUGGCCCAGGCGGAGGUGCUCACCUUCCUGGACGCCCACUGUGAGUGCUUCCACGGCUGGCUGGAGCCCCUCCUGGCUCGCAUUGCUGAGGAGGAGACAGCGGUGGUGAGCCCAGACAUCGUCACCAUAGACCUGAACACUUUCGAGUUCUCCAAGCCCGUCCCGAGGGGCAGAGUCCACAGCCGUGGCAACUUUGACUGGAGUCUGACCUUUGGCUGGGAGGCUCUCCCUGCCCAUGAGAAGCAGAGGCGCAAAGAUGAGACCUACCCCAUCAAAUCCCCGACGUUUGCCGGCGGCCUCUUCUCCAUCUCCAAGUCCUACUUUGAGCACAUCGGUACCUAUGAUAAUCAGAUGGAGAUCUGGGGAGGGGAGAACGUGGAAAUGUCCUUCCGGGUGUGGCAGUGCGGGGGCCAGCUGGAGAUCAUCCCUUGCUCUGUGGUAGGCCACGUGUUCCGUACCAAGAGCCCUCACACCUUCCCCAAGGGCAUCAGCGUCAUUGCUCGCAACCAGGUGCGCCUGGCUGAGGUCUGGAUGGAUAGCUACAAGGAGAUUUUCUAUCGGAGAAAUAUGCAGGCAGCGAAGAUGGCCCAAGAGAAAUCCUUUGGGGACAUUUCGGAACGACUGAAGCUGAGGGAACAACUACAUUGUCACAACUUUUCCUGGUUCCUGAACAACAUCUAUCCAGAGAUGUUUGUUCCCGACCUGAAGCCCACCUUCUACGGAGCUAUCCGGAACCUCGGCACCAACCAGUGUCUGGAUGUGGGUGAGAACAACCACGGGGGGAAGCCCCUCAUCAUGUACACCUGCCAUGGCCUGGGUGGCAACCAGUACUUUGAGUACACAACCCAGAGGGACCUUCGCCACAACAUUGCGAAGCAGCUGUGUCUACACGCCGGUGCCAGCACCCUGGGCCUGAGGAGCUGUCACUUCACUGGCAAAAACAGCCAAGUCCCCAAGGAUGAGGAAUGGGAACUGACCCAGGACCGGCUAAUCAGGAACUUGGGAUCUGGUACCUGCCUGACAUCUGAGGACAAAAAGCCAGCCAUGGCCCCUUGCAACCCCAGUGACCCCCACCAGCAGUGGCUCUUCAACUAAGUCCUCAAUCACCCCCAUGGGGGUUCCCCCAUGGGGAUCCAAGCCUCUCAGGAAAUAGGAUUUUGGGGAACCUGAUAUUUGAGAACCUGUUGAUCAGCUUCUCUGUAGGCCUUAAAGAUGGAUUUCUAAACCCAAUGGAUAUCAAGGCAGGAUCUUUCUACUCCUUGCAACAACGCAGGGCCCGUUUUCCGUCCUCCACGUUGAUGAAAGAAACCACUGGAACAUAUGAUACUAGCUCUAGAGCUUACCUCCUGUUCUUGAAACAGAGUUCCAAGCACAAGGCAACUUGGGUAGGGCCCAAGGCAGCAAUUCUGAAUUCCAGAAAAAUACCUCUGCAGUCACGUCCUGAGUCCCUGGUCAUUUGGGCACCCACAGAACUAGUGAGGCAGUACCUUCAAACAGAGAGACUACAGGUCUAAGGAGUCUCCCUGCUGAUAUUGCCUGAAAUUUCUAGAGCCAAUUAGUUUAUAGAAAGCACCCUGACGGAAAUCCUUUAUCUUCUUUCGUUUGCACAGUAACCCUGUGAGAAAGACAGGCCGGGAACAACCAGGCCCAUUUUACAGAUAAGAAAG